AUGUUUGGAGCUAGAAGGUUUUUAGGAUUAGGGACUUCUAAAAUUGGUUCUUCUAAAUUGUCAAUUAUAAGAGAUAAAUGUGGUAUUAAUACAACCUCUAUUAGAUCUAUUGGUAAUAAUUCAUUAUCUUUCAGUCACGUCGUUGCUGGUAAUAGUAAAGAAAGAGAACUUACCAACGUCGUAGGUGUUUCAAAAACUAAUUUGAAGCCUGUAUAUAGAACGGUCAAAUACGUAUUAACAUGUGUUUUUGGUAAGAAUAAUACACAUAUAACUUAUAGUGCUGUUGUUGAAGAUAUUAAUUACAUGAAACGUCAAGAUACGUCCAAGUAUAAUGAAGCAUUCCUAUAUUAUAUGAAACUACCUCAAAAGGUGAAAUUUAAUAUUUCCACAGGUUGUUUAGGUUUUAGAAAAGCUGCAAGAGGUGAAUAUGAAGCUGCUUUUCAAACCUCUGCAAAGGCAUUCCAAAUGAUUCAAGAGAAAAAUUUAUUGGAUAAAAAUAUUGAAAUAGUAAUGAAAGAUUUCGGGAAAGGUCGUGCUGCUUUCAUUGCUGCUUUGACCGGUAAAGAAGGUAAUGGUGUAAGGUCAAACGUUACAAGAAUCAGCGACAAGACAGCAUUGAAAUUCGGUGGUGUUAGAUCUCCAAGAGUCAGAAGACUGUGA